CUCUUUCCCGUUGUACCGGAAUGCUUUAGGCAGCGAUGGCGCCGUACCCAGGAUCUCUGUCAGACGCGGAUUAUCUCAAAGACAAGACGCGUAGGGAUCUAUUGACUCUCCUUGAAGGCGUGCGGGGAAAGAAGAACUUGGUCAUUGGCCAGGAUCUGGCUGGUCCGAUCGGUCUCUUUGUCAAGUUCUCGCUGCUCCAAGAGUACGGUGUAGACCGCGUGUUUCUCCUGGAAAAUGCCAACGUGGACUCCUCCCAACGGAAUGUCGUAUUCAUAGCCCAUGCGGAGAAGAUCCACCAGGUGCGGAUAGUGGCAGACCAGAUCCAGCGUCUACAGCGCAACAGCAAUGUCGAACAUGAAUUCUCCAUCUUCUGGGUUCCGAGGCGGACCCUUGUAAGCAACUCGGUCCUGGAAGAGAAGGGCAUCAUCGGUGAUGUCAACGUCGCUGAAUUGCCCUUGUACUUUGUGCCCCUGGAGCAGGAUGUCUUGUCAUUGGAGCUGGAAGACUCCUUCAGUGACUUGUAUCUGCACAAGGAUCCAGGCAGUGUGUUCCUUGCCGCCAAGGCACUCAUGGACAUCCAACGGCGACAUGGUUAUAUCCCGCGCAUCGUCGGAAAGGGCGACAACGCACGGCGAUUGGCUGAUCUUCUCCUGCGCAUGCGCAAAGAGCUGGACGCUGAAGAGAGCUCCGGGCUGACCGAUCACUCGAUACGGGGGAUUUUGCCCAGUGCAAGCGUCGAGAGUCUGGUCAUCAUCGACCGAGACGUCGACUUCGGCAGUGCGCUGCUCACGCAACUUACUUACGAAGGCCUCAUCGAUGAAACCGUGGGAAUCAAGCACAACCAGGCCGACGUGGAUACCUCCAUAGUCGGACCAACCCCAGUACCGCAAGCACAGGAAUCCUCCAAAGCCCCACAACAGACAUCAAAACAAGGGCAAAAGCGCAAAAUCCAGCUCGAUGCCUCGGACCAGCUCUUCAGUCAACUUCGCGACGCAAACUUCGCCAUCGUCGGAGACAUCCUGAAUAAAGUGGCUCGCCGUCUAGAGACAGAGUAUGAAACCCGCCAUUCGGCCAAGACCACGUCGGAGCUCCGCGAUUUCGUCAACAAGUUACCCACCUACCAACUGGAGCAUCAAAGUCUCCGAGUACACACCAACCUCGCCGAGGAGAUAAUGAGAAACACCAGAUCGGACAUCUUCCGCAAGAUUCUCGAAGUCCAGCAGAACAACGCCGCGGGCGCAGACCCGACAUACCACCACGAAGCCGUCGAGGAGCUCAUUUCCCGCGACGUUCCCCUGAAAUCCGUCCUCCGCCUCCUAUGUCUGGAGUCAUGCAUGUCCGGCGGCCUGCGCCCGCGCGAACUGGAGAACUUCAAGCGCCAAAUCGUCCAAGCCUACGGCUACCAACAUCUACUAACCUUUCACGCCCUGGAGAAAAUGGAGCUUCUACAGCCUCGCUCCUCCACAACCACCAUGCUCCUCCCCGCGACAGGCGCCCAGACCGGCACCAGAACCAACUACAACUACCUCCGGAAGAACCUCCGCCUCGUCGUCGAAGAAGUCAGCGAGAAGGACCCCUCCGACGUCGCCUACGUCUACAGCGGCUUCGCCCCGCUCAGCAUCCGCCUCGUCCAGUGCGUCCUGCAAAAACAAUACACCCUCUCCCUCAUCCGCGGCGGCUCCACCACGACGACUCCCAGCCCAGCGAGCAUCGCCUCGCCCGGCUGGCUCGGCUUCGAAGACCUGGUUAAGAACGCCCGCGGCGCCACGUUUAGCAUUGUCCAAAAGGGCGACGAUCAGGCUGUCCGUGCGCGUCAGACGCUGAGUGGGAAUAACGCUACUAAAACCGUGUAUGUGUUUUUCCUGGGUGGCAUUACCUUUACUGAGAUCGCGGCGUUGCGCUUUAUUGCUGCGCAGGAGGCGCCGCGAAGGAAGAUAGUCAUUUGCACGACGAGCUUGAUUAAUGGGGAUCGGAUGAUGGAUGCGGCUAUCGAGAGGGGGAACUUUGCGAAGACUGAGUAAGGGAAACGCGGUAUAUUCUAAGCUGUGUAUUACGAGUGCUUUCCACUUAGAUCAACAUACUGGUACUUAAUGAUAUGAA